AUGGGCAAUUUUUCUACGAUAUUUAUUCUUUUCUUUCUGAUAUUUGCCACAAAAGCAACGGAUGGGGAGAUUUCCGACGAAUUGGAUGAUUUGAUGCAAAAUAAACUCUACAAUCCACUCCGGGAGUCGAUCAUACAGGAGAGAAAGGAUUUUCAGAAAUACAAGGAGAACGAUGUGGAAACGACGGAGACACCCGAGCACAAGGAUCCCUUUUGGAUUACGUUAAUCAUCGCUGGAAUCGUUUCCCUCUUUCUCGUCCCAUUGUCGAUCAUCGCGGUGGUGAUAUUCUGCGGGAAACGGCUAAGAAUGAAGCUGCAAACGAUACAGCAAGGAAAAGAGGAAUCGGAAAAGACGAAAUCUUCAACAUAUUCUCCGUUACCAAUUUCAAGCGCCCGAUCACAGUCAAAUCAACACGACAGGAGUACGGUGGAUAGCGGGGGAUCGAGACUCGAAAGACCAUCGGUGGUGGACGUGAUCGAACUCGGGAAUUUCGAUCCACAAGAGGCGGCGAAUCGGAAACCAUUGGAUCAGCGAAUCGACGAAAUCACGUAUGAUCCGAAAUUCGAGUUGGACAUGGUCAAUUUGCAGCUCGGCACAAUUCUUGGCAAGGGCCAUUUCGGGAAAGUUUGCAUUGGCUGGUUGCACCGAGCAAAGAGAUUAGCUUUCGAGGACAGUUUCAGUCAAGAGUCCAAGAUCCCAGUGGCGGUAAAAAUGCCCCUCGAUCCCUAUGACGAAGAUCAAGUCGAUAUGCUGUACGCGGAGGUGAAAGUGAUGACGAAUAUCCCGUUGAAUCCGAACGUUUUGACAUUGAUUGGCGCCGUGACCCGGGGUGGAAGAGGCAUGUACAUGGUGCUCGAGAAAUGCGAGUUCAAUCUAUUGGAUCUAUUGCAUAAACACGGAGAACCUUUCUAUGAUGAACUUGUCACAACGGAACCCCCACCAACCGACGCAGAAUCCUACGUGGCAAAUGAUCCGGAUCACUUCUACGCGGCUGAAAAGGGGAACCCAAUCGAAAUGCCGACAAAUCGCCCAAACGCCAUUUCAACAACAAAAUUGUUAUCUUUUGGAUAUCAAGUGGCUAAAGGAAUGGAGUUUUUAAGCAAUAUACCGUGUCUCCAUCGAGAUCUAGCUGCGAGAAAUGUGAUGAUUACUGGCGAUCACCUCGCUAGAGUCUCCGAUUUUGGAUUGGCGAGGAAAAAUGAUAAAGAUUAUUACAGAGUGAAAAAGAGCGUCGAGGUGCCGCGACCGAUUCGUUGGAUGAGUCGCGAGGCGAUCAAUGACGCCUACUUCUCGAGAGCGUCUGACGUCUGGUCUUACGGUAUCGUUUUGUACGAAAUGUUCUCGAUCGGCGGCCUACCGUAUCCAGCUUGGAGUGACGAUGAAGUGGCCAUGAAUAUACAAAGAGGACAACGGAAUACAAGGCCGAUGCGAUGCCACAAGGAAUUAUGGAUGUUCAUUUUGGAAUGCUGGCGGCACAAGCCUGAGGAAAGGCCUGAUUUCGAGAAGUGUUCUGAGGUGCUUGAGGAUCAUUUGAAAAGAGCAAAUCCAACAUUCUUGUCGUCGUUGAAGUCAACAUUGGUUCGAGAGAUGACAAAAAUUCAAGCUCUUGCUCAAUAUCGA